AUGGCGGCCUCUUCGACGGCGAUAUACUCGGGAAUGAGCGCCCCUCUCACCAUCGACAACCAAAACAACCACAGUGGAUCAAUUGUGAUCAUUACCUCUCUAAAUUUGGUUUUAAUUCUGUCAUCUCUUGCCGCACGCAUCUUUGCGUCAUAUCAAAGGCGGAUCGUCCAGAAAGAUGACUACAUGUUUGGUGUGCUCGUGCUAGUAGCAUCUCUUCAAGCAUGUGUGGUGCUGGUGCAGGUCCACUGCGGCUGGGGCACGCGAAUGGAGGCUGUCACGGCGAUGGAUGAACGAAUGCUCAAGGCUGCGUAUGCUGCCGAUAUCCUCUCAAUUUUAGUGUCGGGUUUGUCUAAAAUCACCACUUGCUUGUUCUACGAGGCUCUGUUCUCGCAGAUCCGGCGCUGGUUUAUCCGUGCCAUUCUCCUGGUCAUUGUCGCAUGGAUAAUCGCUGCCAUACUUUUAUUGGCCGUGCGCUGUCACAAUGACCCAUGGAACGAUAUCAGUGCCGCUCACUGUCGCAACCUGCUUCCACGCUGGGAAGCCAUCACCAGCCUGGACAUCUUCACCGAAGUCUUACUUCUACUCUACGCCGGACUGGCGAUCUACAAGGUCAAAAUCUCUGUUUCAAAAAAGCUUAUGGUGCUUUUGGGUCUUGAGAGCCGAGUUGUGCUGAUCCCCCUUGCGGCGCUUCGCUUCUACUUUACAAAGAAGCAAAUUGAGUCGGAGUAUCCGAUUUUGACUGGCGCCUUUGCAACAAUCACCACAGAAAUCUACCUCGCACUAGGCGUAGUUUGCCUAGUGUCGGCUUUUUUGAAAUCAUUCCUUGCCGCCUACGAAGACCAAAAUGGCAUUUCAUAUACCGACGGCACGUCGACAUCUAGAUUGAAGUCAUCGAAACGAGGCUCCUCAAACACAUUCCCUCGCAAAUACCUUCCUCCCAGCUCGUCAGGGACCAACAGUACAAAUCCACUACGAAGCUAUGAACAGGAGGAUGAUCCUACCACCAGCCAUGCGCAUAGUGGUCAAGGGCUGCAAAUCAUGAAAACUGUGCAGCUCGAGGUGCAGGACGAAGCUGUAGAGCUCACGGACUGCGGAACUGUCAUUGCGGGAGAUUGCCGUAAUGAGACGAGACAGAAUCAGCAUGUGUAA